CCUUCAAGCAUCCACAUUCAGAACUCCCCAAAACAAACAAACAAACAGCAGAAAGCUCGCACUAAGAGGAUUACAUCUUUCUACCUCAUUAACAUUUGUUUUUAAAGUUUCUUUUUUUUUUUUAAAAAAAAAAAUUUCCGGAAGAAAUAGCUUCCUCGCUGGAUAUGUGCAACCCAAAACCAUCUUCUCCAUCCUCAUUUCUAUGUCCCAAGAAAACCUGUUUCGCCAAAUCCAACAAACCUAUGGAUCUUUAUUCUGACGAUGAAGAGGAACUACGUAGAUUGCCAACUCCUUCCGAGGUGUUAGAAGAAAUCAAAGCCAUAAGGAAGAUUUCAGGUCCUACAGCAAUUACUGGUCUUAUUCUUUAUUCAAGAGCCAUGAUCUCCAUGCUUUUCCUUGGCUAUCUUGGGGAACUUGAGCUUGCUGGUGGUUCCCUCUCCAUCGGUUUUGCCAACAUCACUGGAUACUCUGUUAUCUCUGGACUGGCUAUGGGAAUGGAGCCCAUUUGUGGACAAGCUUAUGGUGCGAAACAAUGGAAGCUUCUUGGGUUAACUCUUCAAAGAACUGUUCUUCUCCUCCUCACCACCUCUAUACCCAUCUCUUUCAUGUGGCUGAACAUGAAGAGAAUCCUUUUAUGGUGUGGUCAAGACCAAGAAAUAUCUUCAAUGGCUCAUGCUUUUAUUCUUUUUUCCAUCCCUGACCUCUUCUUCCUUUCUCUUCUCCACCCACUUCGCAUCUAUCUUAGGGCUCAAAGCAUCACAUUACCAUUAACUUACUGUUCAGCCAUCUCUGUUCUACUUCAUGUUCCGCUAAAUUUCCUCCUUGUAGUCCAUUUCAAAUUGGGUAUUGCAGGAGUAGCCAUAGCCAUGGUUUGGACUAAUCUCAAUGUCUUUUUCCUCCUUUUUGCCUUUGUCUAUUUCUCCGGUGUAUAUAAAGAUUCCUGGGUUUCUCCAAGCAUGGAUUGCCUCAGAGGAUGGUCAUCUUUGCUUUCUCUUGCUGUGCCAACUUGCGUUUCUGUUUGCCUUGAGUGGUGGUGGUAUGAAUUUAUGAUAAUGCUAUGUGGUCUUCUUGUUAACCCAAAAGCCACCAUAGCUUCAAUGGGUAUCCUUAUUCAGACAACCUCUUUGGUCUAUGUCUUCCCAUCAUCUCUAAGCCUUGGAGUCUCAACCAGAGUUGGGAACGAGCUAGGAGCAAACCGGCCGGCGAAAGCUCGCAUUUCCAUGAUUGUUUCUCUUGUAUGUGCAGUUGCUUUAGGCCUGCUGGCGAUGCUAUUCACAUCAUUGAUGAGGCAUCAAUGGGGCAGAUUUUUCACCAGCGAUGCAGAGAUUCUAGAGCUUACUGCUGUAGCAUUGCCAAUUGCAGGGCUUUGCGAACUGGGAAAUUGCCCACAAACAACAGGUUGUGGAGUUCUAAGGGGAAGUGCUAGGCCUACCAUUGGAGCUAAUAUCAAUUUGGGUUCAUUUUACUUGGUUGGUAUGCCAGUGGCAAUCUUGAUGGGGUUUGUAGCUAAAAUGGGAUUUGCGGGGCUCUGGCUUGGGUUGCUUGCAGCUCAAGCUUCCUGUGCAAUCCUCAUGCUAUAUGUGCUAUGCAGAACAGAUUGGAUGGUUGAAGCAAAGAGAGCAAAAGAGCUCACAAACACUUCUUCUGCAACAACUAAUAACACUUCGAUUUUACCAAUAUCAUCAUCAAAACCAGAAGCUCUUACUAAUAGCACGAUUAAGCCAAAUCUUGAAGAGAAAUUUUGCAUUGAUGAUGAGCUUGUGAAGUCAACUUCACUUGAAACAGAACCUCUGAUAUCUCCAAAAAGAACUGUGCACUGACUUGAGUCCACUUCCCCACCAUUUUUGCCCACUCUUGAGGAGCUGAUGUUAAUUUUUAUUUAUUAGAUUUCCUAUUCUACUUGUGCCGUGGAUCAGACUUUUUUUUUUUUUUUUUUUUUUUUGGGAUUUCCUUUUCUCCUUCUUGUAUCAAUAACAUUUUAGAAAAGAGUAGACAUACUUUACAUUAUUUUAGAGUUCUCCAUGUUGUCAUUGAGAGGAAAGGGAAGGAAAUAAUGUGAGAUGGAGAGAGAAAAAGAAAAAAAAAAAAAAAAAAAGAAGGUUAAGCUGUCUGUUAUUUUUCAAGCCUACCUUUCUUGUUAUUCCCUUCCCUAUUAGGCAACAACCUUACUACCUAAAGUGGAAAAUUAGCAUAAUACCCUCUUAAAUUUUGUCCAAAGCCACUCCCUCUAUUAUCUUAAUAAUCCUCCAUAAGCACCCUAUUCUCUGCCUUUUGUUUCUUUAGCAGUACCCUCUAAUUAACUAAUAUUAUAAACAUAUACAGGUUUUGUUUUUCUAACAAAGGUUGUGGAAUAAAGUACGACUAUUAGUGA